AUGGCGGCAGCGGCUUCAGCCCCGCCUUUGAAAGGAACCAAAGUCUUGGAGUUUGCCGGUCUUGCUCCUGGCCCCUUUGCAGGCCUCAUGCUUGCCGAUGCCGGAGCUUCAGUUCUCCGCGUCGACAGGCCUCCAUCCAACUCCGAAGGCGCUGUGCCAACCCCCGAUAUGCUUGCCCGCCAUAAAUCAUCCAUCAUCGUCGACUUGAAGAACUCUCGCGGCGUGGGCCUCAUCAAGCGCCUCGCAAAGCACAUUGACGUUCUCAUUGACCCGUUCCGGCCCGGCGUGUUGGAGAAGCUUGGCCUCGGCCCGGAUGAGCUGCUCGCCAUCAACCCGCGUCUCAUUUACGGCCGCAUGACGGGGUUCCGCCGCGACGGCAGGUACGCCGACAUGGCUGGCCACGACAUCAACUAUCUGGCCGCAUCUGGGGUCCUCGCCCUUCUCGGGAGGCAGGGCGAGAAGCCGUUCCCCCCCUGGAACAUCCUGGCCGACUUUGCAGGCGGAGGCGCCAUGCUCGCUCAGGGCGUGCUCCUUGCCAUCAUAUCACGGCACUCGUCCGGAAAGGGCCAGGUCGUCGAAGCAAACAUGGUAGAUGGCAGCUCCUAUCUCGCGUCGUUCCCCCGCAUGUCCCUCAAAACGCCCUUGGGCAACAACCCGCGAGGCAACAACAUUCUCGACGGAGGCUGUCCCUGGUACGACACAUACGAGACCUCCGACGGCGAAUACAUGUCCGUCGGCGCUCUCGAGCCUCAAUUCUUUCAAGCCCUUCUCAAGGGUCUCGGCUUGCACGGCCAGGGCUGGGAAUCCAGGCGUCACGAUUCUUCCUCCUGGCCUCGUCUACGCGCGCUCUUCGCCGAGACGUUUAAGAGCAAGACUCGCACCGAGUGGGAAGCCGUUUUCGAUGGAACGGAUGCGUGCUGCGUCCCCGUGAUGCACUAUAAAGAGCUGGAGUCGCAGCCUGGCAGGGAAGGCGAUCAGCGGCCGGCGGUGACGCUGCGGGACACGCCAUGCUAUUCGCCCGCUGACAGAGAAGGAGGAGGCUACGAGGGAGAGCCUUUGGUCGCCGGCCAUGGAGGGGAGAGCAUGUUAAAGGUGUGGGUUGGGUGGGAGAAUGGAGGCCAGUACGAGCUGGAGAAUGGGGCAAUGGUCUUGAAAGAAAGAGGAGGCGAUUCCAAACUGUGA